AUGAUUGCGUAUCUUCUCGCCCUCGGCACCGUCAAGGUUUCCUUCUGCCUCUUAUACCUGCAGAUCUUCCCUGGAAAGGGGUUUCGCAUCGCUUGCUGGACUCUCCUGGGCCUACUUGUCGCCGAAACAAUCGAAGAAACAUUCGUCGUGAUCUUCCAAUGCUCACCGAUUCACAAGGCAUGGGAUGCCAGUGGCAACGUCAAAGGCCAGUGUCUGUCUCUUACGGCCUUCUACUACAUCUCCUUCGGGAUCCGCUUGGCUACUGAUCUGGCGCUCUUCGCUCUCCCUCUUCCGAAAGUGAUGCGAUUAAAUAUGACGCUAGGCAAACGAGCCGGACUAGUGAUGAUGUUUGGAUUGGGUGUUCUGGUCUCCAUCACGAGUAUAAUUCGAGCGACGUAUAUAAGCAACUUCUCUGACGACCACACCUGGACACUUGUUAACACUCUCAAUUGGUCCAGUGUUGAAGUGGCUGUGGCCAUCUUCAUCGCCUGCAUCCCUUCUUUCAAAUCGCUCAUUAGCUUCCGAUUCCCUGCUUUACAACGGCUACUCGGGCUUUCCAGCAAGGGAGACUCGACCGGACGGUCGAAGAUAUAUGGAACAUCGACGCGUCGGACCAAUAACGGGCGAUCUCUCAUGGGUCACCAGAGUAUCAAGCUUAAUACUGUGACGGGGCAGAGCCGGGCCGAUGUUGAGGCUAGUCGCAAUGGCUCGGAGGAGCGUAUCAUCGGGGCUCAUGAAGGCAUUCACGUUACCACCGAUGUUCAUCCCUACUUGCAAUGGGCGGAUCGAAGUUGUGUGUGCGGACCAUUUGCUAAGUUAGCACAAACACACACCCCCAUCGAUCGAUUAAUCUAG